AUGGGUGGCCAUGCCCCAAUGCCCCCAUGCCCCAAUGCCCCCAUGCCCCAAUGCCCCCAAUGCCCCCAUGCCCCCAUGCCCCCAUGCCCCCAUGCCCCCAUGCCCCAAUGCCCCCAUGCCCCCAUGCCCCAAUGCCCCCAUGCCCCCAUGCCCCCAUGCCCCAAUGCCCCCAUGCCCCCAUGCCCCAAUGCCCCCAUGCCCCAUGCCCCCAUGCCCCAUGCCCCAUGCCCCCAUGCCCCCAUGCCCCCAUGCCCCAUGCCCCCAUGCCCCAUGCCCCAUGCCCCCAUGCCCCCAUGCCCCAUGCCCCAUGCCCCCCCAUGCCCCAUGCCCCCAUGCCCCAUGCCCCCAUGCCCCAUGCCCCCAUGCCCCAUGCCCCCAUGCCCCAAUGCCCCCAUGCCCCCAUGCCCCCAUGCCCCAUGCCCCCAUGCCCCAUGCCCCAUGCCCCCAUGCCCCAUGCCCCAUGCCCCCAUGCCCCAUGCCCCCAUGCCCCAUGCCCCCAUGCCCCAUGCCCCAUGCCCCAUGCCCCCAUGCCCCCAUGCCCCCAUGCCCCAUGCCCCAUGCCCCAUGCCCCAUGCCCCCAUGCCCCAUGCCCCCAUGCCCCAUGCCCCAUGCCCCAUGCCCCAUGCCCCCAUGCCCCAUGCCCCAUGCCCCCAUGCCCCAUGCCCCCAUGCCCCCAUGCCCCAAUGCCCCCAAUGCCCCCAAUGCCCCCAUGCCCCAAUGCCCCAUGCCCCCAUGCCCCAUGCCCCAUGCCCCCAUGCCCCAUGCCCCAUGCCCCAUGCCCCAUGCCCCAUGCCCCAUGCCCCCAUGCCCCAUGCCCCAUGCCCCCAUGCCCCAUGCCCCAUGCCCAUGCCCCCAUGCCCCCAAUGCCCCCAUGCCCCAAUGCCCCCAAUGCCCCCAAUGCCCCAUGCCCCAAUGCCCCCAUGCCCCAAUGCCCCCAAUGCCCCCAAUGCCCCCAUGCCCCAUGCCCCAUGCCCCCAUGCCCCCAAUGCCCCCAAUGCCCCCAUGCCCCCAUGCCCCAAUGCCCCCAAUGCCCCCAUGCCCCAUGCCCCCAUGCCCCAUGCCCCCAUGCCCCCAAUGCCCCCAUGCCCCAAUGCCCCAAUGCCCCCAUGCCCCAAUGCCCCAUGCCCCAAUGCCCCCAAUGCCCCCAUGCCCCCAAUGCCCCCAUGCCCCCAUGCCCCCAUGCCCCAUGCCCCCAAUGCCCCCAUGCCCCAAUGCCCCCAAUGCCCCCAAUGCCCCCAUGCCCCAAUGCCCCCAUGCCCCAAUGCCCCCAAUGCCCCCAUGCCCCAAUGCCCCCAAUGCCCCCAAUGCCCCCAUGCCCCCAUGCCCCCAAUGCCCCCAAUGCCCCCAUGCCCCCAAUGCCCCCAUGCCCCCAAUGCCCCAAUGCCCCCAUGCCCCCAUGCCCCCAUGCCCCCAUGCCCCCAUGCACGCCCCCAUGCCCCCAAUGCCCCCAAUGCCCCCAAUGCCCCCCCAUGCCCCAUGCCCCAUGCCCCCAUGCCCCAUGCCCCCAAUGCCCCCCAAUGCCCCAUGCCCCCAAUGCCCCCAUGCCCCCAAUGCCCCAUGCCCCCAAUGCCCCCAUGCCCCCAAUGCCCCCAUGCACCCAAUGCCCCCAUGCCCCCAAUGCCCCCAUUACAUUUACAUUUAAGUCAUUUAGCAGACGCUCUUAUGCCCCCAAUGCCCCAUGCCCCAUGCCCCCAUGCCCCCAAUGCCCCCAAUGCCCCCAUGCCCCCAAUGCCCCCAUGCCCCCAAUGCCCCCAAUGCCCCAAUGCCCCAUGCCCCCAAUGCCCCCAUGCCCCCAUGCCCCCAAUGCCCCCAAUGCCCCCAUGCCCCCAUACCCACCCAACCAGCCCAGGAGGUAAUUUACUCUAA